AUGGAUUAUGUGCUGUGUGGACACUGUAAGAAGCUAGCUCCUGAAUAUGAAAAGCUUGGCGCCAGCUUCAAAAAGUCCAAAUCCGUUGUGAUCGCAAAGUUGCAGAAUUAUGAACCUCUUGCAUCAGCAUUCAAAAAUGAGGAAGAUGUAGUUAUUGCCAAUCUUGAUGCUGACAAUUACAAGGCUUUUGCUGAAAAGUAUGGUGUGAGUGGUUAUCCAACUAUUAAGUUCUUCCCGAAGAACAACAAAGAUGGGGAAGACUACGAUGGAGGACGUGAUCUAGAUAGUUUUGUGACCUUCAUCAACAAAAAGUGUGGUACUAGCCGAGAUGGAAAAGGGCAACUUACCUCCAAUGCUGGUCUAUUUGCAGAGUUGGAGGGCUUAGUGAAAGAGUUUGUUACUACUGGUAGUGAUGAAAAGAAAGCAGUAUAUGCUAAGAUUGAGGAGGAAGUUGGCAAGCUCACGGGUUCUGCUACAAGAUACGGCAAGGUAUAUGUAAAAGUUGCCAAGACUAGUCUGAGCAAAGGUAAUGAUUAUGCGAAGAAUGAGAUUCAACGUUUACAACGUAUUCUUGCCACGAUACAAUCUAUAAGUCCUUUGAAGGCCGAUGAGUUCACCCUCAAGAAAAACAUCUUGUCUGCUUUCGCCUGA